GAACAAAGAGGAAAGGAUUAGGGAAACCUGUGGUGGUGGCCCAUUAUCGCUCAACUGAGACAACACAAGUCUUUGUGUGCCACCAUGGGCUGGCUUUUUCUAAAGGUUUUGUUGGUCGGCAUGACUUUCUCUGGAUUUUUCUACCCUCUCCUGGAUUUCUCUCUCAGUGGGAAAACAAGAGCCCCCAAACCAAACAUUGUGAUCAUCUUGGCUGAUGACAUGGGAUGGGGUGACCUGGGAGCAAACUGGGCAGAAACAAAGGACACCACUAAUCUCGACAAGAUGGCUUCUGAAGGAAUGAGAUUUGUGGACUUCCAUGCGGCCGCAUCCACCUGCUCUCCUUCCCGAGCUGCUCUGCUUACUGGCCGGCUGGGCCUACGCAAUGGAGUCACGCACAACUUUGCCGUCACCUCUGUAGGGGGACUUCCGCUCAACGAGACCACCUUGGCCGAGGUGCUGCAGCGGGCUGGCUAUGUCACUGCCAUGAUAGGCAAAUGGCAUCUUGGGCACCAUGGCUCUUAUCACCCCAAUUUUCGUGGUUUUGAUUACUACUUUGGAAUCCCGUACAGCCAUGACAUGGGCUGCACUGACACACCCGGCUACAACUACCCUCCUUGUCCAGCGUGUCCCCAGAGCGAUGGCCUAUGGAGGAGCCCCGAGAGGGACUGUUACACAGAUGUGGCCCUUCCUCUCUAUGAAAACCUGAACAUCGUGGAGCAGCCUGUGAACCUGAGUGGCCUUGCACAGAAGUAUGCAGAAAAGGCAGUGGCGUUCAUUGAGCAGGCAAGCACCAGUGGAAGACCUUUCCUGCUCUAUGUGGGCCUGGCCCACAUGCAUGUGCCCUUGUCUGUGACAACACCAUUGGAAAACCCACGGAGCCAAAGGCUGUACCAUGCAAGUCUCCGAGAGAUGGACAUUCUGGUAGGACAAAUCAAGGACAAAGUUGACCACAUGGCAAAAGAAAACACGCUCCUCUGGUUUACAGGAGACAAUGGCCCAUGGGCUCAGAAGUGUGAUCUGGCAGGCAGCGUGGGUCCCUUCUUGGGAUUGUGGCAAACCCAUCAAGGCGGAAGUUCAGCCAAGCAGACUACCUGGGAAGGUGGGCAUCGGGUUCCAGCACUGGCUUACUGGCCUGGCAGAGUUCCAGCCAAUGUCACUAGCACCGCCUUGUUAAGCAUGCUAGACAUCUUCCCCACGGCGAUAGCCCUGGCAGGAGCCAGCUUGCCUCCAAACCGGAAAUUCGAUGGGUUUGAUGUCUCUGAGGUGCUCUUUGGCAGGUCACAGGAGGGGCACAGGGUACUGUUCCACCCCAACAGCGGGGCUGCUGGAGAGUAUGGAGGCCUGCAGACCGUCCGCCUGGACCAUCACAAGGCCUUCUACAUUACUGGGGGAGCCAAAGCUUGUGAUGGGAGCACGGGACCUGAGCAACACUACACUUCCCCUCUCAUUUUCAACCUAGAAGAUGAUGCCGCAGAAGCUGUGCCCCUACAGAGAGGAAGCCCUGAGUACCAGGCCGUGCUGCUGAAGGUCACCAGGGCUCUUGCAGAUGUCCUUCGAGACAUUGCUGAUGGCAACAGCUCCCGAGCGGACUACACUCAGGACCCUUCAGUAACUCCCUGCUGUAGCCACUCCCAAAUUGCCUGCCGUUGCCAAACUGUGUGACUAUCGUUUUUCCCAUG